ACUCACGGCUAAAGAAAAGAUAUAUAAAAGCAAAGGGUUGGCCCCCCAAAACGAAACCAGUCUCGUCGACAAACCCUAAACCCCAAAUUUCGAAGAAAAGAAAAUUCCGCAGGCAUGUCUUCCAGAGCCAGGGGUCCAAGGAAUCGUGAAAUCAAAGUGCUGCAGGCCGAAAAGCCUCUGUUAGUCCGGAAAAAGAAUAAGUCUGGGGGCACCAAGCCAAACCAACCAAAGAUAAUCCCUUCUCCGCUCAAAAAGGGCACCAAGUUGAAAGGACCGAAGAUUUCCACAUCUCCUCUCCACAAGGGCACCACGUCGAAAGGACCGAAGAUUUCCACUUCUCCUCUCCACAAGGGCACCAAGUCAGAGGAAUCCAAGUUAUCCGCUGCACCUUCCCCCUCGGGUGACAACAUUUGCCAUGUCUACAAAUAUUGGCCCAGAAUUCGUGACGGCAAGGCAGUAGAACCAGAGAUUUACACAGUGUCAGUGCCUGCUGAAUUGGACAUGGUCAAGCUGGUCAUAGCUCCAUUUCCUCGUGUUAAGCGUCCCGACUCCGAUUUUGUUGAUGAUGGUAGCGAUGUGGAACCCCUACUGUCACUCCCAGAAUUCGGAGAUUUUCCUACUUCUUCGCCGGAUAUAUUCUAUGGUCCUCGGUGAGCGGUGUGCGGUGAUGGUAACCUAGAGUUUGCUAUGGCCGUAUUUAUUCAACUUAUCUGUGAGACUAAUUUAGUACUGAAGACUAUUUUAGUAACUAAAAUGUUUGUGAGAAAAUUCUGCUAAUGGACAUAUGUAAAUGUUGACAUGUAAUGUAACAUGUCAUCUGGAACAUCAGUAUCCUUGUUUUGGAGUUCGGGAUGAUUGAGUUAUUAUUAUUAUUAUUUGUCUGUUAGUCCAUAA